CCGGAGCCCCGCGUCUGUGCCGGCCCCGGGGAGUGGGUGGGCCCGGCCCGGGGCAGCCCCGCCGAGGCAGGAUGUUCACGUCCAAGUCCAACUCGGUGUCGCCCUCGCCGUCCCUGGAGCAGGCUGACUCGGACGCGCUGGACAUCAGCACCAAAGUGCAGCUCUACGGUGUGCUGUGGAAGCGGCCCUUCGGGAGGCCGUCCGCCAAGUGGUCCCGGCGGUUUUUCAUCAUCAAAGAGAGCUUUCUUCUUUACUACUCUGAGAGCGAAAAAAAGAACUUUGAAAGCAAUAAAUACUUCAAUAUACAUCCUAAGGGCGUCAUCCCCCUGGGAGGCUGCCUGGUGGAGGCCAAGGAAGAACCCAGCAUGCCCUAUGCCAUGAAAAUCUCCCACCAGGACUUCCAUGGCAACAUCUUGCUGGCUGCCGAGUCCGAGUUUGAGCAGACCCAGUGGCUGGAGAUGCUACAGGAGUCCGGGAAGGUGACUUGGAAGAAUGCCCAGCUGGGAGAAGCCAUGAUCAAAAGCCUGGAGGCCCAGGGGCUGCAGUUGGCCAAGGAAAAACAAGAGUAUUUAGACAAACUGAUGGAGGAGACGGAAGAACUCUGCCUUCAGAGGGAGCAGAGAGAGGAGCUUGAGCGCCUUAACCAGGUGCUGGAGGCCGAGAAGCAGCAGUUUGAGGAGGUGGUGCAGGAGCUGAAAAUGGAGCAGGAGCAGAUCAAAAGGGAGCUAGAACUGACUGCAAGAUGCCUCAAGGGUGUGGAGCAGGAGAAGAAGGAGCUGAGGCACCUUACAGAGUCCUUGCAGCAGACGCUGGAGGAACUCUCCAUAGAGAAGAAGAAAACCCUGGCAAUGCUGGAGGAGAAUGAGAACCAGCUGCAGACACUGGCCAAUCAGAGUGAGCGGCCCCCUCCCAGUGGGGGUCUCCAUAGCAACCUGAGGCAGAUAGAAGAGAAGAUGCAGCAGCUCUUGGAGGAGAAGCUCCUGGCUGAGAAGCGGAUGAAGGAGAACGAGGAGCGCUCACGGGCCCUGGAGGAGGAGCGGGAGUUCUACUCGAGCCAGUCCCAGGCGCUGCAGAACUCGCUGCAGGAGCUGACCGCAGAAAAACAGCAGGCCGAGCAGGAGCUCAAGGCGGAGGUGAAGGUCCGCAUGGACCUGGAGAGGCGUCUGCGGGAGGCAGAGGGGGCCUUGCGGAGCCUGGAACAAGGACUCAACUCCAAGGUGCGGAACAAGGCGAAGGAGGAGAGGAUGCGGGCUGACGUGAGCCAUCUGAAAAGGUUCUUCGAGGAGUGCAUCCGGAACGCGGAGCUGGAGGCCAAGAUGCCGGUCAUCAUGAAGAACUCGGUGUACAUCCACAAGGCGGCCACUCGCCGCAUCAAGAGCUGCCGCUUCCACCGGCGCCGGUCCAGCACCUCCUGGAAUGACAUGAAGCCGUCGCAGUCUUUCAUGACCUCCCAGCUGGAUGCCAACAACAUGGAGGAGCUAAAGGAGGUGGCCAAGAGGCUCAGCCGGGACCAGCGCUUCCGAGAAUCCAUCUACCACAUCAUGGCAAACCAGCCAGGAGCCCCCUCGGUGAUUCCCCGGGGUGGAAAGUGA